AGCGGGCAACAAGUGGCACCCGCGUUGGCACUCGUCUCGGCAGUCUGUGUGUAGCAUUCACAGUCGUGGGAUUGCGUGUGGCGUGUGGCUCUCCGUGGCCCGUUCUCGCUGUAUACUCCCUCGCGCCUUUUGUGACACUCGAGCUGAAGGAAAAAAGACAUUAUUUCCCAUUCUUUGUUGGUGAAUAUCGUGGCGACCGCUCUGUACGCCAUAGUUCGUGAUGAAGAAGACAUAUAUAUAAUCUCUUCUGCUGGAGCGUUCUUUAACGAAAAUGAAGAAUAUAUGUGUGAUUUUGUGGUAAAAAGAGGGUUUGUCUUCGCUUCUUGGACGUGCUGAGGCCCUUUCUGUGCGAACUGGGAGACAGUUUAAUCGACGAAAAAUGAAAACUUGCAAGAAGACCACAACCCUAGAUGGAAGGACAAACCCAUAACACCAAAACCACUGGUGUGUUACAAAACACAUAAACAAACAAACCUAAAAGUAAAGAAACAUUAACAAACCCUUAACCCUAUAGAAAAAAAUAAAUAAAACUUGAAAAAAGAAUUGAAAAAAGUACAAUCCAAUCCACAACGAAGGAUGACGAACGACGGAGAACACAUGGUCGUCAACAACAAAGAUGGCGACGGCAGCGGCGAGUGCGCGUGCGCGGCCGCCACCGAAAACAGCUGUUCGACCAAGGCUGAAGUGCCGUCGUCCCUUCCGCUGGUGUCCGACAAGGGCAUGAAACCGCCUGCCAAGAACUGCUUCAGAUUAGUGAUUCUCGGGUCGUCGCGGGUGGGGAAGACUUCGCUUGUGUCCAGAUUCCUAAGCAAUAAAUUCAUCCACUAUAUUCCUAAGCAACAAAUCUCCACAUAUCCUAAGCAAUUAAAAUUCAUCCACUAUUGCAAGAUUCUCAUCCACAUCCUCCUCUUCGACAGAUUCCUUAAGCCAAUAAAUCGAUGGAUCUCUCCCUCCGACUCUCUCCCCGCAGGUGACCUGUUCGUGCUCGUCUUCUCGUGGGACUCUCAGGAAUCUUGGGAGGAGGUGGUCCGCCUUCGGGAGCAGAUCCUCGAGACCAAGAUGUCGGCGUCGGCGAACUGCAGCGGGAGCAGGAAAAAGCGCGCAUCGCCGAGGGUUCCUAUGGUGAUCGCCGGCAACAAGUGCGACCGGGAACAGAUGAGCGCGUCCUUAGAGGAGGUCCAUGCCUUCGUCUCGUCCCUGAGCUGCUGCGCCUACGUCGAGACCUCCGCCAAGAAGGACCACAACGUCGAUAAGCUCUUCUACGAGCUUUUCGUCCUCGCCAACCUACCCAUGGAGAUGUCGCCGGCACUGCAUAAGCGCGUGUGUCCCGGACAGCCCUCGCAGGAGUCGUCCCCCGGCUUCGGCAGCCGCCACCGGGGCCUGUCCAUCCGGCGGCGGCUGAGCGAGGCCUACGGCAUGGUGGCGCCCAACGUCCGCCGCCCUUCCAUCCGCACCGACCUCCUCAUCCUCCGAGCCAAGACGUCGCUUCACCUCACCGGCAUCGACGCCUUCACGGACAAGAAGCCGCGGCGGGAGGUCUCCUGCGUCAUCCAGUGAGCGAGAAGCCGACGCGCCGGUUCCUCCGCUCCCUCGGCCGCGCGCGCGCGUGUGUCUCUCCUGCCGGGGGAUGCUCGCGAGGGGGAAGAAGUGGUCCUCUUGGGUAAUUUAAAAGAACCUAGGAUUUAAUUUCGCUAUGAUUGGAGAUCCUGUUACGACGACCUCGCUGGUGUCUCGUGUCGCUGGCCGGUGCUCCCCCCCCCUUCCCUGAUCCCACGUCCUCGGCCCCGGAGGUCAGAUGUGGCACAGUCCCCCGAGAAAUUGAAACGUGUCCCGCACAUGUUGCUAUCACCUGAGAGAUGUAUAUUUCGAUGUCAUUGUUUCACUACAUUUUAUCUACGAUGAUCCACAUUCCCAUUUAUUAUACUGUGUGUUAUAUACUUAUAUAGUACAUAUAUAUUUAUGUAUGGCAUACUUGUCUCGGAGAAAUCUCGUACUCUCGUGUAUUGGAAAAAAAAAACAAAUCACUCUUUAUUUCUUUUCUUCAUCAGCUUAACAGCAGUCGACAGUUUCUUUGAGAAUGAAAUAUGCUAUAAAUAGAAACAAUGUAUAUUUUUUUGUAUUUAGGUACACAGAUGCAGAGGUAUUUUAUUGGCAGCUUUGUUAUAACUAGAUCUCCCGGCGGCGCUUGUGUGUAUGUGUGUGGAGGUGUGCGUAGGAGGCCGAGUGAGUGGGUAGGGAGUAUGUAAUUCCAGUGAUUUAGCAUUCUUUUCUUUUUUCUCUUUGCUGACUGCGUUGGAGACUGGAUGUAGCAGGAUGUAGAUGAGAGAGAGAGAGAGAGAGAGAGAGAGAGAGAG